CAACGGGUCUGGCUCUGUGUACUCCAUUUCCGUGUGGUUGCGGCGUCGUCGGUCAUGGAGAGCUCCGCCAUCUGCCGCCCCGUGUCCUCCCCUAUCUCCGUCCGCCCAGCCGCCCUCCGCCGCCGCCGUCUGCUUACCUCCGUUCGCUCCGAUUUGCUUCCUUGCUCGUCCGCCCCUCUAUCCGUCCUCUGCCGCCCCUUCGUCCCUAUCCGCCUCCGCCACGACCGCGCCAAGCUCUCUCUCCCCCCCAUCCGCGCCUCCUCGGCCUCCGCAUCCUCGGUAAAUCCAGAAGCCUCUAUUGCACCCCCGCCGCCUCAGCCGGCCCAUGGUGCGAAGCUCGUUCCCCUCGUGAUCUCCGUCGCUAUCGGCCUCGCCGUGCGGUUCGCCGUUCCGCGGCCCGUGGAGGUCACUCCGCAGGCGUGGCAGCUCCUCGCGAUCUUUUUAUCCACGAUCGCCGGCCUGGUACUCAGUCCGCUUCCGGUGGGCGCCUGGGCCUUCAUCGGUCUCACCGCCUCGAUCAUUACGAAGACGCUGACCUUCUCGGUGGCCUUUGGGGCGUUCACCAAUGAGGUUAUCUGGCUUAUCGUAAUUUCCUUCUUCUUUGCACGGGGGUUCGUCAAGACUGGACUUGGAGAUCGGAUUGCGACGUACUUUGUGAAGUGGCUUGGGAGGAGUACUUUGGGGUUGUCGUACGGACUUACCAUCAGCGAGGCUUUAAUCGCUCCCGCGAUGCCCAGCACCACUGCCAGAGCUGGCGGGGUGUUCGUACCAAUUAUCAAGUCAUUGUCCCUGUCGUCAGGGAGCAAACCUGGUGAUCAUUCAGCAGGGAAGCUGGGUUCCUAUCUAGUUAUGUCGCAGUUCCAGGCAGCUACUAAUUCUAGCGCCCUUUUCCUAACUGCCGCAGCUCAAAAUCUUUUGUGCCUUAAAUUAGCUGAAGAACUUGGUGUUAGAAUUUCUGGUCCAUGGGUAUCAUGGUUUAAAGCUGCAAGCUUGCCUGCUAUUGUUUCUCUUCUGGCCACUCCCUAUAUCCUCUACAAAAUAUUUCCCCCACAAGUAAAGGAUACACCAGAUGCACCGGCUUUGGCUACCAAAAAGUUGGAACAAAUGGGAUCUGUCACAAGGAGCGAAUGGGUGAUGGUUGGCACUAUGGUUCUAGCUGUUUCAUUGUGGAUUUUUGGUGAUGCUCUUGGAAUAUCAAGUGUUGUGGCUGCAAUGCUCGGCCUAUCUAUCCUUCUACUUUUAGGUGUUCUAAAUUGGGAUGAUUGCUUGAGCGAGAAAUCUGCAUGGGAUACCUUGGCUUGGUUUGCUGUGCUAGUUGGAAUGGCAGGGCAGCUGACAAAUUUGGGAAUAGUAUCAUGGAUGUCAAGUUGUGUGGCUAAGUUUCUUGAAUUUUAUUCAUUGAGCUGGCCUGCAACCCUUGCUGUCCUCCAAGCAUCCUACUUCCUGAUCCAUUAUCUAUUUGCAAGUCAGACUGGUCAUGUAGGAGCACUCUACUCAGCAUUUCUUGCCAUGCAUUUGGCUGCUGGUGUUCCUGGUGUUUUGGCUGCACUUGCUUUGGCGUAUAAUACAAAUCUUUUUGGUUCUCUGACACAUUAUAGUAGCGGUCAGGCUGCUGUAUACUAUGGAGCGGGUUACCUCAAGCUUCCAGAAGUGUUCAAGAUGGGGUUCAUUGUCGCUUGUGUCAAUGCUUUGUUAUGGGGAGUUGUUGGCUCCUUCUGGUGGAAGUUUUUGGGACUCUACUGAAGCUGCAAAAACGUUCAAUUCAAAAAAUGGAUCCAGCUGCAUCAGUUCUGUUUCCAUUCUUUUAGCCUUUCUGAUCCCAAAAUUUUGGUAGUGGAAAGGAUCUAAUAAUCCAGAACAUUUUGAGCCUAAUUUGAUGUUCUCCCAUCUUGAUAAUGCAAAUUGCCAUUUGACUGAAAACUCAUAAUGGAAACUUCGCAGGAUCGGAGUAGGCAAGUGUUUUCCAAAUCAA